AUGGCUCUCCUAGCUCGAAACGCCCAACGCAUAGCUCUAGUGGCCUCGUCCCAACGGGCCGCAACAAUCCACACAACCCUCCCAACUCUAUCUCAACCACCGUCUUCGCCGACCUCCUAUGCCCAGGCCCCACCGCCGUCUACUUCGUCGCCGACUGGGCUUCCGAAGGCUGCCGAGUACGUGAUUUCCAAGGUCGACGAUCUGAUGAACUGGGCCCGCCGUGGAUCCAUCUGGCCUAUGACCUUCGGGCUCGCUUGCUGUGCCGUCGAGAUGAUGCACACCGGCGCGGCCAGGUACGAUCUGGACAGGUUUGGGAUUAUUUUCAGGCCAAGCCCUAGACAGUCCGAUUGUAUGAUUGUUGCCGGCACUCUCACCAACAAGAUGGCCCCUGCCCUUCGCAAGUACGUUUCUCCAUCCUCUCAAUUUUGUCUGUAUAUUGUAUUCUAUCGCAUUUUUGGAUUUGUUUUGAUCGGGAAGGAGAAGAUAAGGAGGGGAAGAGAAAAGGAGAUUAGGGCAAGAAUAAUAGUCUAA